GUCUCAAACUUGGGCUUGCCUCUGCCUUCCAAGGGCUGUGAUCAAAGGUGUGCGUUACCACAGCCCGGCUCGUAACUGGCUUCUUAUUCUCUGGUUGAAAUAUUGCUCCCUCCAAAGAGUUUUCCUGAGAAGCUUGCCCUCCCUGGUGCUUUCUCAGCAGAUUUCUUGUAUGAGCCCCAGGAGGGGAGAAACCUGUGUCUGCCCUCUUCUCUGGGGCCUGAAUGAGUGAACUGGAGCAGAUACAUGGCUGAGGAACUGUGGCUGUGAGUAGGUGUGAGGUCCUCUCCAGGCAGCAUUUGCUCACCCGCUCUUCCACCACAGUGCCUUCCUCCACCUCCCCCCAGUGCCUGGCUGCCAUGUCUGGCCCCAGAAACUGGGAGGCUCCAUCUCACCUCCCUCUAUUCACACCCCAGUCAUCUCAGCCACCUACCCACGCACCACCUCCUCCCAGCCACACCCGCCCUUUGCAACCCCUCCCUGGUGGCUCUGGUGACUUUAGCCAGCUCCCUCACCACCCCAGACUCAGUUGCAUGCCAUGGGGAGUCUGAAACCCUGGGCCAGAUACCUGCUCCUGGUUGUGGCCCACCUGCUGGCCCUGAGCCUUGGGGCUGCGGUGCUUCAGGCCUUGGAGGGGCCUCCAGCACUCCAGCUCCAGGCCCAGCUCCAGGCUGAGCUGUCUACCUUCCAGGCAGAGCACAGGGCCUGCUUGCCACCCGAGGCACUGGAGGAGCUGCUAGGUGCGGUCCUGAGAGCACAGGCCCAUGGAGUUUCCAGCAACGGCUCAGAGGCAAGCAACUGGGAUCUGCCCUCAGCUCUGCUCUUCACUGCCAGCAUCCUCACUACCACCGGUUAUGGCCACAUGGCCCCACUCUCGGCAGGUGGAAAGGCCUUCUGUGUGGUCUAUGCAGCCCUUGGGUUACCAGCCUCCCUAGCACUUGUGGCUGCCCUUCGCCACUGCCUGCUGCCUGUGUUCAAUUGCCCAGGCGCCUGGGCAGCUGUUCACUGGCGGCUGGCACCAGCGCGGGCUGCCCUGCUCCAGGCAGCAGGACUGGGCCUCCUGGUGGCCUGUGUGUUUGUGUUUCUGCCAGCGCUGGUGCUGUGGGGGACACAGGGGGACUGCAGCCUGUUGGAAGCCGUCUACUUCUGUUUCGGCUCACUCAGCACUAUCGGCCUAGGGGACUUGCUGCCUGGCCACGGACGUGGACUGCAUCCAGCCAUUUACCAUCUUGGACAGUUUGCACUUCUGGGCUAUUUGCUCCUGGGGCUCCUGGCCAUGCUGUUAGUGGUAGAGACCUUCUCGGAGCUGCCACAGGUCCGCGCCAUGGCAACAUUCUUUGGGCCCACUGGCUCUAGAACAGAAGAAGACCAAGAUGGCAUCCUAGGCCAAGAUGAGCUGGCUCUGAGCACCAUGCCUCCUGACCCGCCAGCAUUGGAGCAAACCAUUCCAGCAUCCACAUCAGAACAGACCCCAGCUUGCUAACACAAAUCGGGGACAGGGCUCCAGCUCUUUACGUCAGAGGACCUUGAGCGGGAGGCCCUGAGGAGUGCUGGGGAGCACAGCAGGAAGGGGUUAUGGGUACCAGGAUGUCAGGGGACAAUGUUAACUUAAAAAAUUAAAUGGGCUGCUUAGUGUGCA